UAAAGAAUGACCGUAAACUGCGCUUGUUCGAUUAUAUUAUGCACCUCGUGCACAAACAAGCUGUCACAGUGACCAAUAUUAAUGAAGCGAUGCUGCAUUCAUUUUAAGGAAGCGUUGCAAUUUUCCUAACCGCUUGGUCAUCGCUCAGCAGUUUGAGCAGUCCAACACCAUUAUCCCACAAUCCAGACAUGUUGUUUUACAAAGUAUUACUUCUUUCCGCUGCAUUGCUGAUGACCAGUGCGGUAGCCAAACGCCUACCGAAACAUCUAACCGAACCGGAAGGCUUGGAAAUCGAAUCCCGCAUCCUGUCCAAAGUCAUCCAUCCUCAGAAUCACAACCGUGGCGGUGUCUUCCUGGGCACCGCCUAUGAUCUGGUCCAGGGUAAUCCCCAUGGAGGGGAUCUGGGGAAGGGCGGCAUGGAUCCCGGGCUGAAGCGAACGGUGAAGGUGCUCAAAACCACCAACCAGGGCAACCCAAAUUCCGACUGUCCCGAUCAGGCCAACUGUGUGCCGGUCGGAACGGUAUGCUCGCGAACGGUCGAGGAGAGUCUGAUUCUGGACAGCCGGGAUUAUGUUGACUCCUUCAGCACAAGCCUUAAUCUGGAAGGAACUGGGGUGGGUCCAGAACUCUUGACUCACACGGGAGGCGUUAGUCUGGGGUUCGAGCGUGCCGUCGAACUCUUGGAGCAGCGCAAUAAGAGCAUCUUAUUCAAGAAAGCAGUCUGCGUCUUCGGGGAAAGCGGUUUCAAGAGUGACCGUGACCUUCUCGAAAUCGAACUGGACGAGUACUUCACCGCGGCCCUCUGCCGGCUAGCAACUCGCCAAACCGACGACGACUUGUUCCGCUUUUUCAAACAAUGGGGCACCCACGCUAUCGUCGGUCUCACGGUCGGUACCAAAGACUAUGAACACUCCGAAGUGGAUACGGUGGAGCUGAUCCGGGCCAUGCAGACCGACUACACCGGAAGCAUCUUCUACGAAGCCGGCUGGUUUCAGCUGUUCACCGCCCGUGUGACCUUAGCCGCUAAGAAGUCCGCAAGGGAGUACAUUCAGGAAUUCCAUGCCUACGGCAACACGCUAAACUUCACCUCCGGGACGGAAACGUUCCCGGAACCGGUCAGUCUGCGUUUGCGCAGCCUCGAGUCAUUUAUGGAUGCCAAGUAUUUGCCGCGCUCGGCCGAUCAAAUCUGUCCGGGUGUACGCAGUACAGACACGAUGGCUAAUUUGAAGCAGGCUAUUACAUACGGUCUGGAGAAGUAUCCAACGUGGCUUGGAGCGGAACAGGCGCUGCACGAACUGAUGAGAGAAAUCCCGGCGCCGAAGCACUGGCCAACGGGUUACUACGGUUUACUCAAGACCAACGAAGAGUGCCAAUUUGACUGGCUGUACGGAAAACGAUUCCAUGACACGGCAAACGUGAAUACUCCUGAUAACAGCUGGUCACCGGGAUUUGCCUCCCGCACUUCCAGUCAAGUCUGGGCCAACGAUGUUGCCCUUGAUUUCUGCAUGAAGGAAUUCAAUGAUCCAAACGCCCCGCGCAGUGAAUGGCCAAUGGGCUCGUACUGCAUCUACAAAUCCAAGAAAAGUCCUUGUCCGUUUGGAUUCAGCGAAGGCACAUAUGAACAUGAUGACGAUGAUUACUACAACAAAAACUUCGCGGUCGGCACGCUUCCUGAUGGCAAAUACAAUCACAACACAAUUUACAAGUACUGCUGUCGUGAUGACUCCAGUCCAUUUAAGCCCAUGUUCCUGCCGGUGGAGCGCAGCUUCAUUUUGAUGCCGAAACGCGGAGUGUGCCAGGAAGUGUUUGGGAUGAACGCGGAAAUGCACUACAUCCAUCUGGACUGCGAAAAUCAUUGGUUUUCCACCUGCGAACUGAAAGGCAGCACACCGUACGGCUAUAAACUGCAUGAUGGAGAUCAUGAACUGUUUUUCUGCUACUACUCGCGAAAAAAUUAACUUGCCCUUAUGGUUAGUAUUGAAGUUCAAACUUAUCAUUACUUAAUGCGUUUACACAUAUAAACUGUUUUUUA